AUGGGUUCAGAUAAAGCCCCAGGGCCCGAUGGUUUUACUGCUGGAUUUUAUAAAGGUGCAUGGCAUAUUGUGGGUAGUGAAGUGGCGGAGGCUGUUAUUGAUUUCUUUAAUUCUGGGAAACUUCUUCGGGAGUUAAAUCAUACUCUUAUCGUGCUCAUUCCUAAGUCCCCUUCCCCAGUUAUGGUUACGGACUAUCGUCCGAUUGCCUGUUGUAAUGUGCUAUACAAAUGUAUUAGCAAGAUUGUGGCUGAUCGAAUUAAAGCGGGUUUGAAUAAUAUUGUUAGCAUAAACCAGUCAGCUUUUGUUCCAGGUAGAAAAAUCUCCGAUAACAUUUUGUUAACACAAGAGCUAAUGCAUAAUUAUCAUCGGAAUAUCGGGCCUCCUAAAUGUGCUUUUAAAGUUGAUAUUCAGAAGGCUUAUGACACGGUUAAUUGGAAAUUUCUCAAUGAUGUUCUGAUUGGUUUUGGGUUUCACCAUAAGAUGGUUCAUUGGAUCAUGUUAUGUGUUUCCACUACUACAUUCUCAGUAUGCGUUAAUGGGGAAGUUCAUGGUUACUUUAAGGGUAAUCGGGGCCUUCGGCAAGGUGAUCCGGUCUCUCCUUAUUUGUUCACGUUGGUAAUGGAAGUGCUCACCGCGAUCCUUCAACAUUCGAUUAAGGAGGGUUCUCUUCCUGUGAAGUAUCUUGGGGUGCCUCUUAUAUCUUCUAGGUUGCUCCAUAAAGAUUGUUAUGAGCUGGUGGAGAAACUGGAAAAGAGGAUUAUGCAUUGGAGAAAUAAAUUGCUCUCUUUUGCAGGCAGGCUGCAGCUGAUUAUUUCUGUUUUGUCUUCUAUGCAUGUCUACUGGUCGUCUGUUUUCAUUUUACCAUCUCGAGUAGUUCUGCAAUUGGAGGCCUUGAUGCGGAAUUUUUUAUGGUCCCAGGAUAGUGCGUUUCAAAAAGGGCGGUCUAAAGUGUCGUGGAAUUCGGUUUGUGUUCCAAAGUAUGAAGGAGGUUUAGGUAUUCGGCGUAUUGGAGACGUUAAUAUGGCUCUCAUGACUUCUCAUUUUUGGAGUCUUCUUACGAAGCGUAGUUCUUUAUGGGUUGAUUGGGUUCAUUCUUACAGGCUUAAAGGAAAGAGCUUUUGGGAGUGUCGAGUUCCAUCUUCUUGUUGCUGGUCUUGGAGAAAGAUGCUUCAGAUUCGGCCGAUUAUAAGGAAGUUCUUUUGGACCGAGAUUGGUAAUGGGGUGAAUACUUCUGCUUGGUUCGAUUCGUGGAGUGUGUUAGGGCCUUUGCACUCUAUCAUCUCUCCUAGAGUCAUUGCUAAUGCGGGGUUUGAUAUGGGCUCUAAAGUGUCGGACAUCUAUCAUUCUAAUUCUUGGAUUUGGCCGCUAGAGUGGAGGGUUUCUUAUCCGGGUCUUAAUCAGCUUGAUCAGCUUUCUUUGGUGCCAAACAAGCCGGAUAAACUUAUGUGGCGCCAUGGUGAUAACCUGUUUGACUUUUCGUCUUCGAGAGCUUGGGAUUCGGUUCGUAUUCAGGCAGGGGAGGUCGAUUGGAGUCGUGUUGUUUGGUUCCCUCAAUGCAUCCCCCGACAUGCUUGUUUAAUGUGGCUUAUCAUGAGACGAAAGUUGCUUACUCAAGAUAAAAUAUUGUCUUGGGAUUUCUCGCGCAGGAAGAAUAUGAAUAUGAUGUGCUGUUUACUUUGUUAUGCCAACCACGAUUCGCAUAACCACCUUUUCUUUGAAUGCAAAUACUCUUCUGAAGUGUGGCAUAAGGUUAGGCAGAAAGCUGGGAUGGGCACUGUUCAACCUAAAUGGAGUGACAUUUCUAACUGGUUGAUUGAGAAGUCUAAACCAAAAUCGGUAGUUGGGUUCGUAGCUAGAUUGGUAGUGGCGGCCUCAGCUUAUUUUAUUUGGCAAGAGCGGAAUUCGAGGUUAUUCAAAAACCAAUUGCGACCGCCGGAGACUUUAAGUGGAAUUGUGAUACAACAAGUGCGAUACAAAUUGAUGGGAGCGAAGCUGAGGAAUUGUGCUAAUGUUCGAAAGCUUCUGGAGGAUUGGGGAAUUGAUGGCUCAGGUUUAUUCGAGAUAGCUGCUGAUUAA